UUGUGUUGCCAACAGCUAGCUACUAUUGUUUUUAUCUGACUUAACAUUGGAACUUAAGCAUUAAUACAAUACUAUUAAUUUUCCCACAUCCGUUUUCUUUUUAACUAGGGAAAUGAUAAAGUUCAACUGUGUUCUCCUCGACAUGUUAAUGGACGACUUCUCUCUGCUAGAACAGAAAAUUGCAGAGGUUAAUGGCAAAAAUAACAUAUUUGAGAUCAUGCUGGAGGAUGCCAGUAGACAAAUGAAAUUCUAUCAGACCAAAGAGAAAAGUCUGAUUGAGGAAAGAGACAGUCUCCUCGUCACAGUGAACCGGCUGCAGCAGACUCUGCAGGAGCAGUGCAACCUCAGAGUGGAGAACGAGAGACUGAAGAGUGAAAUGGCUAGCCUGAAACAACACAAGGAGAGAGCAGCCGAGGAUGGAAAAGCUGAGCUUCAGCAGCUCAUCGGUGAAAUGAGAGCAGAAGGAGAGAGACACCAGAGGGAGCUAGAGACCGUGAGGCAGCAGAGCAGGAGAGAGGUGGAGGACGCCCGCAGAGAGGGGCUCCACCAGUUGGACGCUAAAGAUGCUGAAGUAAAGACUCUUCUGGAGAAAAAGGAUCUGGAUCUGGGGGAAUUGAAGAAGAGGCUGAAGGAUCAGGAGAGGGAGAGGCAGAGCGAGCUCCUCAAGUUACAGAUGGAGUUUGGUGCGAAGCUAGCCAGAGUUCAGAGUACAGCUCAGUGGAGCCAGCAGCAGCAGCAGCAGCAGCACGGCUCCAACCUGCUUCCUCAGAGCGUCUUCAAGAGGAAGCUGCAGUUCUUCCAGGAGGAGAAAAACAAAGAGAUUGCGGUUCUGCGUCAGAGAAUCAAAGAGUUAGAAGAGAACCAGCGGGUGAGCGUCUUCAGCGACAGCCGGCUGAAGAAGAGGAAGAUCUAGGUUGUUCAGAAGCUCCACCGGUGCAUGAAUCUCCUUCAGGGGACUAAAGCAAUUUCCAUAUUUGUAUAUAUCGGUUUCAUUUUCAAGAAAAACCAGUUCCUGUAGAGAUGUUGACGUACUUUACAUACUGCUUGUUGUGAUCUUUAAUGCUAGACUCUACAGGUGACGGCACGUUUGACCGCAGGCCAUGUUCUUUUCUAAGGCUUUAAUCCAAUCAGACGCCUGCAUGGGGGGGGGGGGAAGAAGUAAAAGUGAGUAAAUGAGAUCGCUGGAAGGCCAAUCCCGUUCCAAGAAUUCGACUCAACGAACUUGUGUUCUACGUAUCUAGACUUUUUUUCAAGCAGGGCUUUUGAACUGUAGUUCCCAUUGUUGAAUUGUAUGAAAGUCAAGAAGAACUUUUACAUCUACUUGAAUACAUUAAAAAAUAUGUUUCUUUAUUUGGCUAUAUCAACUAACUUUUACUAAUUUAUUUAUUAGAUGACAGUAGAGUGUUCCCUGAGAAAAUUCAUAUUUAUGAGGUCGAAAGGGUUCCUGAUCAUUACUCCUGCCUACAAACAUUAAUACCAAAUCAGCAUUCCUGUGGUUGAUUAUGUAAUAUAUAUAUAUAUAUAUUAUUUAUAAAUCCCAGCCAACCGACACUGCAACUAUAUUGGAUUUUGAAAAUAAAAUGUAUAUGCAUAAUCUGUACAAUUUCCACCUUAAAAUGUCUAAUAACGACUAGACCCAUUUAACAUGUUUGGUUGAGUUGUGUUAUUCAAUUUUUCCCAAUGUGUCCUACAAUUUUCAGAACAGAGAUUAUGAGGUAA